AUGUCUCAUGAUCGACAAGUUUCUAUUGUUAGAAACCGAACUAGAGAUGACAAUAGUGAUAGCGAUGAAGAUGAAAUGGAACUAAUUGCAAUAGUUAGUGGCUUUAUUAUGGUUGUAGUGGGAGCAUGGUUUGAUAGGUUUCAGCAUAAAGACGUACCUUGGAACGAACAUGAACGUGCAAUUAAAAGAGCAUAUUGGUUGGAUUCCCUCAUGAAUGAUAGGAUUUGUAAAGAGCAGCUACGUAUGGAUCGGAGAUGUUUUGAUAUGUUAUGCGAGGUUUUAGUUACUAGAGGAGACCUAGUUACUACUAGGAAUGUGACCAAUAGAACUAUUGGUGCCGUGUUCACUCGUUUGGGAGAAACGGUAAGCCGUCAAUUCCAUACCGUGCUCAAAGCUGUGGUUAAAAUAGGCAAGUAUUAUAUCAAGCAAGUAGAUUUCAAUGUGACUUAUGAUGGAGACAACAAGUGGAAGUGGUUUGAGGGGGCACUUGGGGCACUUGAUGGGACACUUAUUAAGAUGACAGUUCCCCUUGAAGAUCGACCUAGAUAUAGAGAUAGGAAAGGAGAUAUUACUACCAAUGUACUAGCUACAUGUGAUCCAAGUCUUCGGUUCAAUUAUGUUUUGCCUGGCUGGGAGGGAUCGGCUUCUGAUCCUCGCAUUUUAGGGGACGCCCUACGAAGACCCAAUGGUCUCAAAGUUCCUAGGAAUAAAUAUUUUCUUGUUGAUUUGGGAUAUUCUAAUGCACAAGGCUUCUUGGCUCCAUAUAAAGGUACACGUUACCAUUUAAACUUGUGGAGAGGAAGUGCUCCUACAAACUACAAAGAAUUGUUCAACUUUCGUCAUUCAUCCGCACGUAAUACUAUUGAAAGAGCCUUUGGGUUAUUGAAAAAGAGGUGGGCUAUAUUGAGGAAAAGUAGCUUUUAUGAUAAGCAAACACAAGUAAGAAUCAUAAAGGCAUGCUUUGUUCUCCAUAAUUUUGUUAGAGAAGAAAAUUUGGAUGAGGAGAAUUUGUUAAAUAAGGUGGACGAUGAUUUAUCAAAUGUAGAAGCUUUUGAUACAAUGGAGGAUGAAGGGGAGGAUUUCAUUUCAAUGGCACAAGCCUUACCUCAAUGGAACAACUUAAGAGAUGAAAUGUCACAAAAAAUGUUCCGAGAAUACCAAGCUCGAAGGGGGGCUACUUGA